AUGGCACGCGCCUCCGCGAGCGUCUCGGCGGGGACGACCGGCAAGCGCCGCAGGAACGCGGCGAACGCGUCGUCGGGUACGCGCACGUCCUUGACGUCGCGCACGCCCGCGGUCGACAUGAGCGGGAAGCCCACAGAGUGGGACACCGGGCGCGACGAGACCGUCGAGGUGAAUCAGCGCGCUCUCAUCGACAAAGUCCUCGCGCGAUACUCGGGCGAGUUCACCGUCUUCCGCGAGCUUCUGCAGAACUCCGACGACGCGGGCUCGUCCGCCGUGGAGAUCCACUUCGAGACGAGGGCGUACGCGGAGAAGACCAAGGCGGCCGCGUCCUCGUCGUCUUCCCCAGCGGACGCGGAGCCUUCGGAGGGCGACGAGUCUACUCGGACGGACAAAGCAAGGGAGGACCUGCCGGAUUUGAAGACAGUCCAGGUCCACCAGUGGGUGUUCAAGAACAACGGGCAGGUGUUCAGGGAGGAAGACUGGAGUCGGCUGAAGAAGAUAGCGGAGGGAAACCCCGACGAGGAGAAGAUCGGCGCAUUCGGAGUCGGAUUCUACAGCUUAUUCUCGGUAACGGAGGACCCGUUCGUCACAUCCGGAGACCAAUGGAUGGGGUUCUACUGGAAAGGCGACCAGCUCCUCGCCCGGCGCGGCAUGCUCCCCGCCCCCUCCCCGCAAACAUCCUUCCACAUGUCCCUCCGCGACCCCGCGCCCCCGCCCCCGCUCUUCGACUUUGCCCGCUUCCUCGCGUCGUCGCUCACAUUUAUGGCGCGCCUGCAAGAGGUCGCCGUCUUCCUGGACGGGCGGCGGGUGGUGAGACUUUUUAAGGAGAGGGGGGCGCCGAGAGGCCUGGGGGUGCCGAGGGGGCUGAAGGUGAGGAGUCCGGCGGGGGGGAUGGGCGUCCGGGUGGUGGAGGUGACGCCGCUGCACAUCAAAGCAGAUGUCCUCCGCUGGGUGUACGCCGCCGGCUCGGAGAAGCCCCCGCCCGUCGUGCCCGCUUCCAAACCGAAACCCGCCCCCGGUGCCGGCGGCUUCUUCUCCUCCCUCUUCUCCUCCUUCGCCUCCUCCACCCCCUCGCGUACCGCCUCCCCGUUACCGUCCGCCCCGCCUCCUAAACCGGUGGAUUUAUUGGAGGUGGUGCAGAGCAAGGUGACGCUGGCGGUGUACGCGGCGGACGUGGAGGUGAAGCUGGACAAGAAGUUGGAAAGGGAGCUGUACCGCAGCACGAAGAAGAACCCGCCUUCGCGGUUGCGGUAUGAGUUGAUUUAUACGGGGAAGGAGGAGUACGAUGAGAGCCGCCGGGAGGACGAGCGCUAUCCGUUUGCGACGGGGAGUGUUUUUCAGGGGUUGCGCGCAGAUUUGGAUGGGACAGGCUCGGCGAGGAUAUUCAUCGGACACGCUACGGGACAGACUACGGGGAUCGGCGGACAUAUGGCCGCCCGGUUCAUACCCACCGUCGAGCGGGAGUCGAUUGACCUGGUGGACCGCAACGUCGCAGUUUGGAACAAGGAGCUGCUGUACAUCGGCGGGUUCCUCUGCCGCGCCGCGUACAUGAUCGAGCUCGCGAAUAUCCGUGAAGCAUGGGACGCCCUGCCCCCGGAGGGCGACUCGGAAGAGCUCAAAGCGCACCUGCGUGCGCGCGCGCUGCACGUCCUCAAAUUCUUCACCUUCCACUCUUCCACGCCCUCCUCCACCGUCUCUCAGCUCCUGCAGGACGCGUUCUUCGCCUCCGGGACCUCUGUGGGCUUCCCGCUCAUGUCGACCGCGGGCGUGCGCGACGUCAAGGACGUGCGCGUACCCGACGACGCGUUCGCCGCGUUCCUGCGGCGCUUGCCGGUCGUCCCCGCCGAGACGCUCGCGGAGGCGCGUGCCAUGGUGGAUGCGCUGCAGGCGCGCCGGAUGCUGCGCGACAUCGCGUUCGAUGACGUGCUCGGCGAGCUGCGGCAGCGCCCGCUCGGCGAGACGGAGGCGGCAGCGUGCCUAAGGUGGUGGGUGACUGUGCACCGCUCCGGCGCGGGCAACGAGCGCGUGCGGCGAGAGCUGCUGGACGCGGCGGUCGUGGCGGCGGAGGGCGACGGGGGGCGCGUCGUGCAGCUCGCGGCGGUGCAGACGUUCUUGAACCCAAGGGCGACGGGCGCG